CAGCAACAUCACAGCAACAUUAUCUAUCCCUCAGACAUCACCGAAUCAUGUCCUCUACACACCUUCCGAGAGAGGAGCCGGGCGAGUUUGUCUUCUACCACUAUGAUCCCUCCCUCGCCGCGGCCAUCAUUUUCAUCGUUCUUUUCGGCAUCUCGGCAUUGUUACACCUCUGGCAAGUCAUCAAGCUGCGGUCUUGGUACUUCAUACCUUUUCUCAUCGGUUGCAUCUUUGAGAUUGUGGGGUACAUAGGGCGUGCGAUGUCAGCGACAGAAACCCCGAACUGGUCCACCCGGUCGUUCACGAUCCAGAGCCUCACCCUCCUCCUCGGCCCAGCUCUUCUCGCUGCUUCCAUUUACAUGGUCUUGGGUCGACUGAUCCGUCUGCUUAAUGCAGAGCACCUUUCUCCAAUCAACCCGAAAUGGCUGACGAAGCUUUUCGUCCUGGGCGAUGUCUUGUCGUUCUUAACCCAAGGUGGAGGUGGUGCUAUCCUUGCCCGCGCCAAGUCAAUGAGUGAUGUCAAGCUCGGCGAAAACGUCAUCAUCGCAGGCCUCGCCAUUCAGAUUGCCUUCUUCGGCGUCUUCAUUGUCGUCAUCUGCCUCUUUCAUUACCGCAUCCUUGCAUCCCCAACCAGCUCCUGGCACUCCUCGACCAUGGUCUGGCAACGCUUCCUCUGGAUUCUCUACGCUGCAAGCGUUUUAAUCAUGAUUCGAUCGGUCUUCAGAGUUGCCGAGUAUGUCAUGGGAAAUGAUGGAGCACUACUAGCCAACGAGGUCUACCUUUAUGUCUUCGACGCGGCGCUGAUGUUUGUUGUGGCUGCAAUGUUUAAUUACUUCCACCCAGGCAAGAUCAUCCAGACCGAGGACAAGUCGGUCCUCACCUCGGAAAAUGAUAACUCAGUUGAUAUGUAUUCUCUAACUGCCAGGCCGUCAGCAAACCAAGCGUAA